GGCGGGCGGGACCCCAGACGAGGAGGGGAAAGCCUGGAACAGGAUAUCGGGAUGAUACAACCGUGCCUGUUAGGGGAUAUAUCAUACAGUGACUCCGCAUGUACGUGGCUCUCACGCAAUCACUAUGGCAGCCACGAUAGCAGCUGCAGCACAGCCUGCGGCGCCAUCAGCAUCAGCGCUAGCGCCCCGUGAGCACCGAGUGCUCACGCCGGAAGAGUUCCGUGCGCCAGGUCGAUCAAAGCGAAUCAGUCGAUAUUCGAUGAACCGCUCGCAGGAAGCUCUCAGGUGCUUGACGAACCAACACGGCCAAGAUGGCAUUGACGGCAGCAGCGGAUACAUUGGUUCUGUCGAGCGACUCGCCUUGUCUUCUACCAGCCUGGAGAGCUUGAGCCUGCACCGCACGCCAUCGUCCACGCCGCCUUCGCCCGGCAUCCAGUCACCGUAUUCACCCUACACGACCGAUCGAUGCUCUCCACUCGUAGGAACUUCUCCGCGUCGGCUGUCAGCCAAUCAUCUUCCAUUGCCGCCGCAGCAGCAGCCAUUGGCCAGAGCGUCCUCAUCGCCACCCUCUUCGUUCCCGCACCACAUGGUGGAGCACUGGAACAGCUAUGUCCCGAGCCUGCGCAAGGCUUCGAUCGCGUCCAUUAGCAGCGCAAACUCUGCUUCCUUCGGCUCCGCCGACGAAAUGCAUCAACCGCUGCUGCCGAACAGGCCCAGCCAUGCCAACCUGGAUACAGUUGUCAGUGGCGUCGGCCCAGAUCCGCUACCCUCGAAUAUCCCUGUUCAGCCACAGUCACAGCAACAACAACAACAACAACAACAGCAGCAGUCGCAGACGCAACAACCACGGGACACCCUGCCCUCCAACAUUGCUUUGCUAACUGCAUACGAGCGUUCCGAGCAAGUCAGGCGCAAUCAGAAGCUCACCAGGCUGCUCGGAGAAGAGUCGGCCGGCACGAUCGCCAGCAUAGUCCCGUACAUGCGGCCCCAGCAGGCAAAAGCUGCGGCGCUCGCGCAGCGGAGUUUCAGGCGUCGGCGCGGCAGCGUCGAUGCAGCCGACCCGGCGUCUUUGCUCAGCUCUGUCAGCGCCACCACGACAUGCACCACUGCGAGAAGCAGCAAGGACAACAACAACAGUCGCUAUAUGCAGCACAGCGGCUGGGGCUCGGGAGCUGGCUUGGUCGCGAGCUCGCCCGCAGCGCGCAAACGCUCCGCGAGCUUCUCGUGCGUCUCGCCCAACCUCUCUCCGCAAGGCACAUCGCACCAAGCCAUUGACGGCAUCUACCCGCUUAGCCCCACCGCGCGGCCGAUCAUCAGUCUGGUGUACUUGCAGCCUCAUUCUGAUCCCGUCAACGUGCAGCCCAAAGCAGCAGCCGUACUCGGCCUCGAGCCAGGAUCCAAUCGGCCCAGCCCUGCUGCUUGCGCUGCUGUUACGACUAUCGCCGCGACGCAGACGCAGAACUCCGCGUCGACUAUACCCAAGUCACUGCAGAAGCUGCACCUGCGCUCCCAGGCUUCCGGCCCCAAGCGGGUUGCAUCUCAUACAUACCCUUCCUCCGCUGGCUUCGGCACUGGUGUCGGCAACAACAGUGGCGGCCCACUGAGCGCGCUGGACGCGCUCGGUGCGCGCACCAACACGCUCAGCCGCGAAGAACGCAAGAAAAAGAUCGCAAAGCUCUCCCGCUGGCUCGGUGCCGUCGUACCACCAGAGAUGAUCGUCUCGGGCCAUCUUGUGCAGGAUGCAACGACGCCGACAGCCGAAAGCGCCACGUCAUCUCCCUUCUCGGCAUCUACCGCUGGCCUUUUGAAGGCGCUCCGAAGGGACGGCUACGGGUCGGGCGUGGCGGCAGCAGCGGUGGACGAGGGAAACAGCAGGCAGUUGCAGUUCACCAACACGGCCGACCUCAAGUCGCCUAGUUCCCUGCCAGAAGCAGAACAAGGCUUCGCGUCGAGCUUUUCUGCGCGCGAACGAUUCGCCAGCGUCAAAAAGGCGAGCAAGCUGGAGAAGAUGUUUGGCGAAAAGGUACCCCUGGCGCUGAUGAUCGCGUCACAGCGCGCACAUGAGCGGCCGGUAGCGAACUCGUCUGUGCCUCGCGGGGUCAGUCAUCGCGAUAGCAGAGGAGAUGGCAUAAUCUCCUUCAUCUCUCCAGAUGACGCGGUCAGCAAGUUCGACACUGUCUGCACGAGUUCGUCACAGCAGAGCAACUCGUCCGGCAGCGCAUACAGGCACUCCAUCUCCAGCUUGGCGUUUCUCCUAGACACCGACCGGGAUCUCCUGAGCGAGAUCAUCUGCUCACUCGAGGAGGACGAAGGUGGCGACAACGGCGGGCCCGUCAGCUUUCGUUCGCUCUCAGUCGAAUCUCUCGAUCGUAUAACCAGUGCCUGGAAGCGACCCAGCUCCGCCGGUCUCCUGCAGCGCUCCGCUGUCGAAACUACAUCGAUCAGGUUGCCCCUCGCUACGUCACCUGCCACACCAAGCACCGUCGAGGCGCCCACAGCGCACAGCUGCCAGCCAGAAGCGCAGGCGUCGUACCUCGACAGCGACUUAGAAUCCAUGAUCGGGUCGCUCAUUACACAAGAGUCGGUGGACGACGCGGAUGGCCAGCAUGAGCUGCGGCGGCAUCGAGCGCGAAAGGCACAGAGACUGAGCAAAUUUUUCGGCGAAGCUGUGCCUCUGGACAUAUCUGAAAUCACAGUGGGCGUUGGGCCGUCCAAACUGGCAUUGCAGAUUGGCAGCGGCCAGAUCGCAGCCGCUUCGGGCAUUGUGACGAACACAGGCAGCAGCGACAGUGGCGGAAACAGCACGUCUUUGCGCUCGCGCAAAGACCCGUCCGUGCAGCGCACCCGGACAUCGUUCCUCAGCCUCAUGGACAGCUUUGAAGUUGAAGUCGCGGAGGACCCACACUUGUCGGAAAAGGAAAGGUCCGAGAUCGAAAGAAGGGCAGAGAUGGUGCGUGCUCGUGGCGCUCAAGCAUUUACAACCACAACAUAAGGGGAAGAGAGAUCACGGAAACACAGCCAAGCAAGAUUUGACAUUCAUACGACCAGCAUGUAUUC